AUGCGCUCCACCCUCCACUGUUUCGGGAUGGGCGUGGUCUUAUUCUCGCUGGCUCCGUCCACAAUGUCGUUCUCCCGUGGUGCAAGCCACACCUCCUGUCAGGACAUGAUUCCCGGCCACAUCCGCGCUCAACCCCAGGACCCGAGGCACAGCUACGUCACCCUGCGGACAUCUGCCUCUUCUUACCUGCCUGGACAGUUUAUCACAGUGAAUGUCCGAAGUUCUCGGGACUUCAUGGGUUUCCUGCUCCAGGCACGCAGUGUGGCGGUUGCUGGGGAAAGAGCCGGCGCUCGGGUCGGGGCCAGGGCCAGAAGUGGAGUUGGAACAGGCGUUGGGUCUACGAGAGUCGGCCUGGGGUUAGUGGGUGGCGCCUGGACCCUCACCCCACCUGGCACCCACACCCUGCGCUGCCUCUCAGAGGGCGACACCCUCACCCACUCUGAUAAACAGCUGAAGAGAAACCUUUCAUUUGUGUGGAGGGCUCCUGACGCACCCAUGGGUGAUAUACGAUUUUUCAUCACGGUGGUGCAGUCCUACUUUGUGUACUGGGCAGAUAUUGAAUCUGCAGUGGUGCAUGAUGGGAGUCACAGAUUUUGGAGUGGAAGUAAAACCACAAGGGUGGAUGGAGGGAGUACACCGUUUGCACUGCAGGAAGAUGAAGUCUCUGCUUUGGCAGAUGUUGAGAUGGAAAGAAAAGAGGACAAGAUAAAGUUACAGGAUCAAAAACUGCCCACCGUUCCUCAGACAAAAGACACAAUGGUAAAUACCCAAACCACCACAUCUAAACCUUCAAGCAAUCACAGCUUCCUCAAUACAAAUCCCCCGGGACUCAUUAACCGCAAUUCAAGAGAACCAAUCCAGGAUCAGACUAAUUCAGUGAAGUUCGAGACACAGAGUAGUUCAUGGAGCAGACGCCUGACUGAGUCUCAAAUGAGUCUAAUAAAGGAUCAAUACGGUAGCCACUCACCUUCCCCGCCCCAUAAUUUUCACCUAAAAUCUUUUCUCUACCCCCAAACGUCUUCACACAAGCCUUUUUUUCAGGUUCAACCCCUCCCAUCCAAACCCCCUCCCCAGUCCCAAACAGGUACUAGUCAGACCUUUCUCUUUUCCCAGACAGCUCCACCCAAGGCCUUUCCCCAGUUCAAAAUCUCUUUACCAAAUUCCACUCUCCAAUCCAGAUCUCCUACACCACGGUCCAUUCUGCAAUCCCACACAAUUUCAACCCUUUCUCAGACUGCAUCUACCCAACAACUCUUGACCAACACACACUUUCUAUCCUACUACAAGUCUUUGAGCGAUAUAACCAAAUCUCAGCCCGUAAAUAGUCCUUCUGGACCCAAAACUGGGCCAAGGCAAACUAGUCAGCCUCACCUUCAGCUACAAACAACUGUCCCUCUGAGGAGCCCACCUCAACCACAACGUCUGAGCAGCUAUCCCCAGGCCUUUCCCCAAACUAUCACCUCUCAAACUCGGGGCUUUCCCCAGACAGACCAGUCCCAGUCUAACAAGCAACCUGAGGCUUUGAGUACCUCUCCCCAUCCAUGGUCCCAGCCCAGUACCCAAACUGGUGCACCCAAGCCACAUCACACUGAAUGGAAGCAAACUCAAUCCUCAUUAACUCCUCGAUCUAUGAACCCUCUACCUUUCACAUCAGGGUUUGACACAGUCUUUGCACCGAAUGAAGGAAAAGGUGUCACAAAUCAUCUGUCUCAAGCUAAGAUCAAAACCAUUAGCCUAAUGUUUGCUAUUUCUUCAACAAAACCUUCACCUAAUUUUUCUGGGUCCAUCCUCCAUUCCACUCUCCAGUCCCCAUCUUCUACUCCCACGUCUACCCUUAACCAUCCUAGCUCUGCCACCCCUCUUAAACCCUUGAGAGGUUCCACCCUGGUAUCAAUACAUCCAUCUUUCAGGUCAACAUUGUUCACACGUUCCUCAUCCUCCUCCAUGAAGAACCAGCCCAUAACAAGUCCUGCCCUCCCUGCUCUCCCCUCUCCUUCCCCGAUCUCUGUUCCUCCUCAUUUUCCAUCUGCCCAACCCCCCCCUACUUUUCCUUUGCCUUCCUCAAACUCUUCCAACUAUCUAUCACCAACCCCCUUGUUUUCCCCUGCCCCCCUUUCUAAUCCUUCCUCUCCUCCCUUUACCUCUUCAAAGUCAUACACAGGUUUGGCAUUUUCCCCACCCUCUUCUUCUGCCCAUUCCCCCUCCCCCACUUCCUCAACUGCCUCUUCUACCUCUUCUAUUUCCUCUGCUUCUUCCUCCCUCUCACCUCCUCCUUUUACCACAACACCCUCUUCAGUCUCACUAGGUUCCUUAUCUUCCUUUAUCUCACCUUUCAUCCAUUCAUUUUCUAUAUCCUCCCAGUCUACCUCCCCUUACCCAGGACCCUCUCCAGUUCCCCUUCGCGCUCUCUACAACCUCUUUAUGUCCUCUCCCUCCCCUGCGCCCUCCCAGAAACGAACCCUAGAGGAAAGCUUGCAAACCCAGAACCACAUUGCACCGUCUGAUCCUGAGUCCGACUUCACCCCAGCAACACAAAGAACAGUGGUUCACCCAAACCCCGAACCUCAUCCAAACCUUGACCAAAACUUCAAACUAAAUCUUGGACAUGGGUUGAAACCAAACCUUCCCAACUCUGAUACUAAACUCAAACGUCCUUCAAAUCCAUCUGGAACUCCAAACAAGGAAGGAAAGUAUCCAGACAUUGUCCCUAGACACAGUGCCUGGGAGCUGGGCAUGCUGCUGGGCUGCUCAGCUGGCUUGGGCAUGGUGUUGGUGGUUGGGGUAAGGUACAUUUACCGUCAGUCCUGUGGCAAACGGACAGAGGUGACACUGAACGACAGGGAGAGAGAGUAUGAGAGAGGGGAAAGAGGCUUGAUCCAUGUCCAGGAGUGUGGAGAUUUGGUCCGAGUCCGGAAAAUCAGAGAGAACAGUUUUAUGCUUCUGGCGGAGUAUGAUAUACUGGCAUCACCUGCAGACUGAAAUACAGGUAACAUAUAUAAAUACAGACAUGUAUUUAUAAAUGGACAGUUUAAGAGAUCAAAAUAUUUCUUGAAAUCAGAUCUGCUGCGAAGGCAGCAAUAAGAAGCCCUUACGAUGUUUACAUUGAAAAACAUAUACAUUUUGUGAAAAAUGUGCCUGAGAUUUCUGCCUUCAAUAUGUUUAGAGAACCUAAACUACAGUCUGCCUCCUGAUAUAACGUAGACAAGGCUAGGAUGACGUACACCGUUUGGUAGAAAACUUUUUGGUUGUUGUUUUUUGGCAUGCAUGACAUUAAUCGAUAGAAAAUUUAUAAAACCAGAUUACAAUCAGAGUACAGUGAUGGUGAGACACAAGGGUUGUAAUAAAUCUAGCUCUAUGAUUGUAUAACUGGAUGACAAAAGCGCAGGAUUUGUGCGUGGCUCUAGUAUGAAGCAUUACUGAUGUUAAACCUUUUUUUUGUAAAUUGUCAUGACGUAUGG